CAAAAUGCAAGCAAAUAACAAGAAAAAGAAUGAGAAUGCUCUGUUGUGUUCCACGCUCAGUUCCCACUGUCCUUUCUCUAGGUACAGAUGGCUCUCUCCAUCACAAGAUUGUUGAAACGAACCUCAAUCAUUUCAUUGUUGGAAAGACAUUGAUCAGAAUUGAUCAUUAUAUAAUAUUGCUGUUGCUGUGUACAAUGAUCUUCUCAUUCUACUCAUUUCACUUAGCAUCACUUCAUGUAAAUCUCUCCAGGCCUCUCUAAAAUCAUGCUGCUGAUUGUUUCUUACAAAACAAUAAUAUUCCAUAACAUUCAUAUACCACAAUUUAUUCAGCCAUUCUCCAACUGAUGGGCAACCACUUAGUUUCCAGUUUCUUGCCACUAUGAAAAGGCUGCCACAAACAUUUUUGCACAUGUGAGUUCUUUUCCCUCCUUUAAGAUCUCCAGUAGUAGCACUGCUAGAUCAAAGGGUAUGCACAGUUUGAUAACUUUUGGGGCAUAAUUCCACAUUGCUCUCCAGAAUGGCUGGCUCCGUUCACAACUCCACCAAUAAUGCAUCAGUGUCCCAGUUUUCCUGCAUCCCCUCCAACAUUUAUCAUUAUCUUUUCCUGUUAUAUUAGCCAAUCCGAGAGGCAUGUAAUGGUACCUCAGAAUUGUCUUAAUUUGCAUUUCUUUGAUCAAUAAUGAUUUAGAGUAUCUUUUCACAUGAUUAGAAAUGGCUUAAAUUUCUUCAUCUGAAAACUGUCUUCAACAACAUCUUCAACAGAUUCUCCUUUUACCUGGCCUCCAGGUCUUUCACUCUUCUGCUUGUCUUCCUCUGCACACACUUAUGCUGCCCAAUGUCCUUCCUAAAUUGUGUUACUCACAGGCAAUGCUCCAGAUGAAGCUUGGUGAUAGGGCAAAUGACAGUGGAGUGGGCCCUCAGCUCCCUUGUUAUGGAUUCUGGUCUCUCAGCUUCUGCAGGGACUUCUUCCUUUUCUGGCUUUUGACUCAUGCAGGGAAUAAGACUUUAUGGUGUGGGGGAUAAAGGUGAGGAUAAUAAUUGUAAUGAUAGUAAAAUGUAUAUUCCACUUAAAAAUUUAUACAAAGUAUUACAAAAGUUUUAGUUCAAUUUUAUAUCAUUAAAACUACACUAAGAAUUUUGGGACACCCUGCAUACAUGGUUUCAUUAAAGUUCUGUGAGGCAAGUACCAUAGGUAUUAUUAUCCCCAUUUUACAGAUGAGGAAAAGCAAGACUAUAUAAAGAUUAAGUCAUUUGCCUUUAGUGUUGAAUGCAAACUCAGGUCUCUCAAUUCCAAAUCUAGCAUUCUUACUAUGCCAUACUGAUUUUAUUUGUCCUGAUUACGUUUCAUCUAAGUAGAUUCAACUUCUCAUUCCAGCCUGUUGAGAUCCUUUUAGAUCCUGAGUUAAUGUAUUAAUUAUCCCUCCCAAGUCAUCUAUGCCUUUAACCAAAUACUGACUAGGUCAUGGACACAAGCCAAUCCCUUGGACACUCCACUAGAGAUCUCGCUUCAGUUAUCCAAACAUUUUUUAAUUGCCAGAUAUGCAUAAGGCAUAUAUAUGAAAGCCAUUCUCUACUUUCAAAGAGCUCACAUGGUAGGUAGGGUGAAGGAGUGGGAUACAACAUGGAAAUAGAAAAUAGAGUAAAUGCCUAUUUGAGAAUAGAGAGCUCUGGGGAGAGCAAUAAAGGUAGCUGUAAGAGCUGGCAGCUUAGCUGAGCCUUGAAGGAAGACUAAGAUUUUAAAGAAGCAGGGAUAGGAGGAAGGGAAUCUAGAAUAAAGGGAAAGUCAAAGAAAUAGGAAAUGAAAUGUCAGGUUUGGGGUACAAAGUUAUCUGGUUUCCCUGAAAAGGAUUAAUGUGAAAUAAAUUUGGAAAGAAAAAGGGGAAGGAACCAGUGUGUAUAAAGCGGUAAAGGCCAGAAUGAGGAGACUGUACUUUUAAUCACAAAGGCUGCUGAAGAUUCUCAAGAUGACAUGGAUAUAUUAAUAUCUGAUCUAGGGGGUUAGUCAUGCAAAAAUAUGUUGACCCAAAUUUUUCAAACACUAUUUUCCCUCCCUUGUAGCACAGUUAUUUGGGAACUUAUCCUUUCUAUUCGAUUUUGUUACUUUCUGAAGGCAGGGAGUAGAAUUGUUUUUUAUAUUUCAUUCCCAGCAACUGCCUAGCACAAUUACCUGCCCAUGGUGUUUUAACUUGAUUAAUUUAUUGGAAAAAAAUUCUGAUAAAUUAAUGCAAGUUUAGUUCAGGAGAAGGAAAAUAGAUAGCAUUAUGGAUGUUAUUAGAGGAUGGGAUGAAUGUUAAAGCUAGAGACAAACUUUAAAAGUCACUUAGUCAACACUUUCAUUUUGAGGAUGGUAAACUGAAGCAAAGAAAAAAGAACUUAAUUGCAUGGAAUUAAGAUUGUAUUAGAAUCUAUUAUUUCUUUCUACUGCAAUAAGUAAGAUGUGUACAAAGUGAGUGGUGGGAGACAUCCCUGUGGACUAAAAUAGGGAUAGGAGUUAGGAGACCUGGGUUCUAGCUCUUGGCUCUGCCAUCAAUUCCUUGUGUGACCUUGAGUGUGACUAUUUCCUUCUCUGGGUUUCAGUUUCUCCUUGUGGGAAAUAAAGGGGUUGGACUGUAUGUUCUUUCAGCUUCUAUCUUGAAGGAGGGAAGGAAUUGGAGAUGUGAUUUACCCAGAAGAGUCACAUUUGAACUUCCAAAUUUCCUUGGCAUUUGGAUUCAGAACCUCCGAGCCCCCCGAAACCCCAGACAGCCCUUCCUAUCCGGUGCAAUUUCAUCGCCCUGCUCCUCGUUCCUCCUAGACUGCGCGGUCCCUGCGAAUGUAGCUCUGGGCCGUGUCCGUUGCGCCGGGAGCUGUCCCGGGGAACUGCGCUUGGCUGGCUCCCAGGGUGCUGAAUCCCGAAGGUGCAAGGUCAUGGCAGAGCCAGGCGGUCCCCUGCGUUUGAGGGACUGGCUGGUGGCUCAGAUUGAAAGCGGUAGCUACCCCGGACUCCGCUGGGAAAACCGGGAAAAGACUAUGUUCCGCAUCCCCUGGAAGCACGCGGCCAAGCAGGACUACAGGGAGCAGCAGGACGCCGCGCUCUUUCGGGCCUGGGCCAUUUACAAAGGUAAGUAUCAGGAAGGCACAGACAAAGCUGAUCCAUCUGUCUGGAAGACCCGUCUGCGCUGUGCCCUCAACAAGAGCACAUCCUUCCAAGAAGUGAUUGAUCGCAGCCAACUGUACAUCUCUGAACCCUACAAGGUCUACCAGAUCACCUCCAAGGGAACCUGCAACCUGGAGGAUGAGGGGCAGAAGGGCCAUCUGAAAACCCACAAAGAUCUAUUAACUGAGCCUCUCCAGCAGCCAGAUCAGGCUGACUCAGACUCAGAUGAGGAAACUGGCAAAGAAAGGAUUUCCAAGGGCUGCCAUCAGGUUUCCCCAGCCUCCUGCUUCACUAGCCCAAAGGCUGAGUCUGAUUACCAGGUGACAGGCACGUUUUACAGUUGGGACCCUUCGCAGAGUCACCUUCCUCUAAGCCUGACCUCCUAUGAGAAUGUCAGCACUUCUGAGCUACGUCGACACCUAUGUCUUGGGGAGCCUGCACCCCAGUACCAAAUCCAACUGUGCUUUGGAGAGGAGUACCCAGGUCCAGCUGGCCAGUCCCGAGGGAGACUCAUCAUGGCUCACGUAGAGCCUGUGUUUGCCCGAGAACUCUUCUUGCGCUCUAGGCGUCUCAGUCCCCAAGGCCCUCCAGGCUCCCAGCCUAGUGCGCCAGAGAACGUGGCCCGCAUUCGGAACCAGCCGAGCCAACCCUGACCGUAGCCUCCUGCCAUCGCCAUUUCCGGAGCAUCACCCUAUCAUAGCACAUCUUUGAUCAACCUGAGCCAGUGUACUUGGGGCUAAGGGUCUUCACCUUGCCUUGGAACAGAUUUAUGUCCGCCUGUUGAGUGGGUGGGGACACGGUGUAUAUGUAGAAACUAAACUUCCAUGUGCUUUAGGAGUUAUUCAUAAGAGGACCCCCCUAGUAUUCCUAGAGGAACUCCCUAGGACAUCUCAGGUAAUUCUUUGUCAGUCUGCUUUUUUUUAAGGUAUGUCCCAGAGUGUGGAGAGCUGACGAGGAGCCAUCCACAUUCUUGCCUGCCCUGAAAUGUGUCAGAGGGAAGCAGGGUUUGUCUGGGAUGAGGCGACUUAACAUAAUUUGCAAAGCAUUUUUUAAUCUAGUGGGAAGAGCCUUGAAUUUGGAGUCGGGAGAGAUCACCGUUCUAUGCUCCCAGCCACAUUCUGUGCUUGUGAAAAGUCACAUAAACCCUGAGAAUGAGCAAAAGGGUGAUUGGUUGGUCAUUGUCCUUCGUUCUCAAGGAGGACCACAAUGACAUCCCUAUGUUAGAGUCGAGGGGAAGUAUGUCUGACGGUGGCUGAUCAGACCAACACGGAGCUUGGGAUGCUGGGCCACGGGUCGGACACAAAUAAGAACUUUGGGACGGCUUCUCCCACUCCGUGCACCUCACGUUUCUUCUGAGCUGAUUCGGGUCUGCUUUGCUUAUAGAGCACAGCACCCUCUCUGAUGGGGGCACCCAUGCUGGGGCGUCCUGUGCCAGUGUCACCCUGCCACACAAUCAUGAUCACCCCUGUAGUACCUGCCUACCUCACUCACAGAGCUGUGGUGAAGAUGAAAUAAUGUACAAAAAGCAUUUUGCAAAAUUUUUAAAUGCCUUCAUGAAUGAA